AUGAUAGUUAGUAGAACAUUAUCUCCGUAGUGUCAUUGGUUACUUGCUACUUCCUGAAGCACUCAGUUCAUUUCCGCCGACCAAAGUCUCCACAUCUGAUUGGGAAUAUGUCAUCUUAACCUCACGCCUAAUCAGAGCAGCCUUUUGGAGGAUUUCAAACCUGGUUCAAACCCCCCAAAACAGUGUCACCUGAGUCACAGGGACACACCCGUGGUGUCACUAAUGGUGUCUUAUUAUGACACGACAGGUGUUGAAGCUACUGGGCUCAAAAGAAAACCUGGCAAUGGAGUCCCAGUGGGAGCCUCCCCAGCCGGUUUAUAGGGAAGUGAGCGCUCUCACACAGCAGCAUACUUGCAUCCGUGUGCAGGGGAACGGAUUAUCUACCAACCCGAGAACAGCAUGAGAGCUCUGGUCCUGUUAGUGUGCCUGUCCGUGGGCUGCCUCGCUCAGAGGCCACAUCCAUGCGAAUCCCCGCCGCUGCUGACCGGUAGCCUCAGUGUUGCCACAGCUAGUGAGAAGUUGAUGGCAUACGCCAAGUACAGCUAUGACGCCCUGGGAAAGCGCAUCCGCAUCACAGAGUUUGGAGCUUAUGAAAAUAAGACCUUCCAUCUUGAUGUACUUUUGCUCUUCAGACAGGGGGUCAUGUAUAAGAUCAACCAGAAGAACCAAACAUGUUUGAAGAAGCCACUGAACGCACACUUCCACCCGCUGGAGAUUCCACGCAAUGCGUCCCUGCUGGGACAGGUUGUUUUAGGCAGCUCCUCGGGUCCAGGACAGGGAGUCCUAGUCAACACCUGGGGGGGGGAGCUGCAAAUGAAGAAGGGACCAGCAAAGUACAUGAGCACUGUCACAGAGUUCGGAUGCAUCCCUGUCAGCACUCUGUUUCACACCGACAAAAGUGGAUGGAUGGUGACCAACUUCUUCAACAACGUCAUCGGACUAGUGGAACCUCAAAGGCUCAUCCCUCCACGUUUCUGUCAAGGCGUUGAGCUGGAAAAGAGCCGUGACGAGGAUCCAAUGACCUUCUUCAGUUUGUUUUGAAAAUAGGAUAUUUUCAGAAAUGCACUGCUAUGCGAUUGUCACUUUAUGUACUCUUUGCACUGUCUAAUGUGUUUUGUGGCAGUUAUUAGUGUAGUAGCAUUUGUUUCAGUCUGUAAAAAUCCAGUCAUUCUCAAUUAAUUCCAAUGAAUGAAAAUGUAUCAGGUUUGAAAAUCUUCUGGGAGUAAGCAGGCUUGACCUUGCUGCAAAAUACCCGUUUUUGUUCACUUCCAUAUAUGUAAGUUAAGUGACUUAGCUUCAAUACAAUCUGAAUGUAUUACAGUUUUAAGACUGUACAUUAUGAUUACUGUCUUUGUUGAUUCAUCUGUGAUUUUCUUUAAAAUUUUAUUGAAGAUUUAGCUGCAAACUGGAUGAAAAAGGGAAGAAGAAAUAUUAAACAAACCCAUGUUAAAAAAAGA